AUCCCAGUUGUAAUAUCAUUAUUUGGAGCUGUAUUCGGCGGAAUCCAUUGUGCAGCAUGGAAUGCAACUUUCCUAAAUACGAAUGGUCAACUGAUUUGGCACAUCUGCUGUAUAGUCCUAAUAGGAUGCCCUGCAUUUUUUUCUUCAUUUCUUGUGAUUGAAGGCAAUGACAAGGAAUCCCUUCGAUACAAAAUUUUCCAUGCACUCUUCUCCGCCUUCUUUUCAGUGUAUGCAGUGGCACGGUUUUAUCUUAUUAUACUCAUCGGGUAUUCAUUCCGGGGUCUACCUGCUAAUGCUUAUACCAAAGUGAAGUGGGUAUCGUUUAUUCCGCAGUUUACUUGA